AAGGUGGAAGAAUAUAAAUGCAUUUUCGAAAAUAAAUCUGCAUAUGGACACAGUCACAGAAGCAUUCUCGUUCAGGGAUUAGAUUGUUCCCUUCCUGUGGCUGAUAUCAGGAGCGCAUUGAGAAAACACUUCGGUUCAUGUGGACAUAUCUUAAGUGUUUUUGUUCCGACAGAGUGUAAAACCGGUUCUCUCAUCGGGUGCGCUCUCAUUAAAUACUAUAAUCCAAAUGAUGAAAAGAAGGCAUUAGCACUCGAUGGUAGUUUCUUGGGAGGUAGGCAGCUUGGGGUUGUGAAGAAUAAUACUGGAAGCAGUUCUGAUUUCUUUCCUAACUUUAAAGGGUGUGAACGUUGUGUCCUUACUCAAAGGAAGUACCUCCAUGACCAAUUCAUUGCAACUCGUGGUGGUCGUAUGAUGGCCAAGCCACCUAAUUGGAUCCUUGCUAAAUGGGGCCUCGCUUUAACGGAAGAAGUUGAAGCAGAAAAACAGAGCUAAGAAUGGUCGUUUUACUGUUGUUUAUCGACAAGCUACUACUUGUUUAUCUUCUUAUGUUUUAUAAGAAAACUUGUAUUAUGUGGACUCUUGCUGCUAUUUAGUUUCAUAAUUUAUGCCUAAAUCAAAUGUUGAACU